AUGAGCAAGUUCCAGAAUUCCACGUUCCACAGAGAGGGCAAACAACCUCAGAAGCCCAAGCCUAAGGCACUGCCGUUAUCGGACCAACCCCAAUCGGAAUUCAUCCAGGAGCUUGUUGAGACAGGAAGAGCCAACUGGAAAAGAGCUCCCCCAGAAGUCAAGAAACGGUACAAUGGAAUCUUUCUAAUUCUCUUUUCUCUUCCGAUAUUGUUCAUGAGCACGUCUGAGCUCGUACGGCGGCUAGAAGGUGGGUCCACUAAAAAGGUUCGUCAGGGAGAACUUCUCGACAACAAAGAAAUCAGACGCUACGAUGAGGUGGAAAAAUGGCAGGUCGAGAAGAAUAGUAUCAUGUAUAAGGUAUUUGGAAGGGAUUUUUUCCUUGACGGUUUUACCAGUAAAACCAUGAAGAAGGAGGAAACAGUGCACAAGGACAAGAAGUGA